AUGGAGGGUUUAUCAGCACCAUCUGAUCCACCCGAGGACAGCGUUGUCAGGCACGAGGCUGGUGCAGUCGCUGCAAACCCUCGAAAGCGGCCACGGGGUGACCGAACCGGGUUGACCUAUGCACGAAAGCGAGCUGUAACUGCGUGCGAGCUCUGUAGAUUACGAAAAACCAAGUGCGAUAACCAGCGGCCGACUUGUGGUACUUGCGCUGCGUUCGGUGCAGACUGCACCUUCAAGGACCGAGAGACCGACCACUCGACCUUCGAUCAAGCCAGUCUAGCUAUCCUCGAUCGUCUCAACUAUGCUAUCCAGCUACUGGAGGACCCACCAGGAAGCCGAAAUGCACCUGCUACAGCCACUACUGAUCCUGGAUCGUUACCGCACCAUGAGCUUAGCAGUAUCAACACAUAUGCUUCUGACAACGGCCAUGGAGGCUCUAAUGGCGCCGUGGACGGCGUCAACGCAGCAGCGGCAGAUGCGCUCACUGUCAACACCCGAUGCGCCUGCACUCACGUAAUUGACUGGCCGAUCUUUGCGGGCCGCAUCAACCCAGCUUCAAUCAGUCCCGGGUUGUCAGACUCGCCCAGUAUCAAACGUGGCAGCUCAGCAAGGAUCUCGGAGGGAGAUGUUGAUUUCCUUGUCCGAGACUUUCUCAACAACGUCCACGUCAAGAACCCAAUCCUCGACCGCGGCGACCUUUUGGACUUCACCCGUACCAUAGCUGAGGAAGGCUUCAAGUGGGAUUCAUCUUCGUGUCUUGUGCUCAUUGCUUGCGCCCUGGGAAGCCUGUCGACUUCUUGGGAGGCAGCUGUUCCCAGCGCAUCCGAGACCUCACUUGAUGAUGCAAAGUCCUACAUGCUCGCCGAAGCAUACUACACCGCCGCCCGCAAACGGUUGGGUCUGCUCGAGAACACUGCCCAAGCCACUCAAUGUUGGUUUCUCGCUGGAGUGUAUGAAAUGUACUCAAUGCGGCCUCUGACUGGAUGGACAUCGUUUAAUCGUGCUUGUGCCCUCCUCCAACCGCGACUCUAUUUACAAUCGCAGAGUACUCCUCAUAGCUUCGGUCAGUCCGACCGGCGCCUAUACUGGUCUUGCCUCAAGUCCGAGACCGAGCUACGGGAGGAGUUUGACCUUCCACCACCAGGUCUGGCUCAGAUGGAACACCCGGAUGUCCUCCCGUCCCCACCAGAGAGCGCCGCACAUUCCGGGACGGGCGGGAUCGCCACUGAUGGUGUGUGGGAGUCCAUGCAAGAAAAGAGCUGGUACUAUUACCUCUCGGACAUAGCCUAUCGAAGAAUCGCCAACCGCACCGUGGGCGCAUUGUAUUGUGUACCGAAGGAAGAAUGGCUCUCUAUGCCGGUGCGGCAGCUGCAGCGCAUCGCAGAAGAGCUUGAUGCACAAGUCGUGCAGCUGUGGGAUCACAUCCCAGGCUCGCCCUCUUCCGCUCCCCAGAUUGACACCGACGAACUCACUUACAUGCUGUACUUGGAUUACGCAGACCUACGGGAGCGCAUCUGGCGGCCAUUCCUGUACAUCGCCGUCCAUGGGCAAGUCUCCGAAGCCGACCAGCUCAUUGUCAUGGCAGGCGCGAACAAGUGCUUGGACACGAGCUUCGUGAUGCUCGAAAAGGCUUUACUGAAACACAGGCAUCAUGGUUGUUGGCAAACGAUCAGGUGCAUGAUCACGAAAGCCUUGCUUGUGCUUGCAGCCGCAAAGUCUCGCCGUGGAGAGAUCAGGAGCGACUGGCGAUCCGUUGUGCGUUCUUUCCAGGCGUAUUUACAGUAUUGGGAAACUGAAGCGCCCGAUCUUGGAGCGGCGAGAAGCGCGCUGUCGACACUAGUUGCGGAAAUCGACUAA